UGGUGUAUGCUACUCGUCAUAUCAUCUUAUCUACAAGAAGCUUAUAUUGCUCCUACUACAAUACAAAAGAGUGUUGAAGUAUUUUUGCCAGGAAAUCAAAAUGGAGAUUUCUCUUCAGAAACAGAUUUUUAACAGUGGAGAUAAGCUCUUCAAUUCUCGACAAAACCAGUGGGCUUGGAUUGAAAGAUUUCAAGCAACAGAUUUUCUUCCUGCAAACUCCACAAACCUUUUUCAUGAUCCCAUAAGUUGUCCAAUGUUGGGCAUUAUGACUCCAGGAAAGAGCAGAAACCAUUUAAGUGUUUGUGCAAUAAGGAGGAGAAGAGUGCAUUCGAACUCGGAUACGUACGUACUGCUAGAGGCAGGACAAGAUGAACAGUUUGUGUCAGAAGAUGAGCUCAAGGCUAAGCUCAAAGGCUGGCUCGAGAACUGGCCCGUAGAAUCUUUGCCACCGGACCUGGCAAGGUUCGAUAACCUUGAUGAAGCCGUUGAUUUCUUGGUUAAAGCUGUAUGUGAACUAGAGGUUUAUGGAGAAGUGGGUUCUGUUCAAUGGUAUCAAGUUCGUCUUGAGUAAUUAAUAAAUGUAUUGUGUUUCUCCUAUUUAAUAAGCACAUGGUUCUGUAAGAAAAAUGGAGAAAUUUGCUAAAAUAGAACAAAAAUUGACUACUA